UUACUCAACGAAGAAAAUUCCAAAUUUUUGCGUAAAUUUUGCAAAAACUCUCUGAUUCAGUUUCUCUAAAUACAUCAAAUACGUUCCUUGACUCCUUUUGAUUAUUUUCUGGUAAACCAAAAUAAAAAACCAAACAACACAACGAGAAGAGAAGUCAGGAAACGUAAAAAAAAAAAAAGAGAAGAUUUUUAUUUUUGUAUUUUUCGAUGCCUCCGACCAAUGAUUACCGAAUCUCCGGCGAGCCACCGUCUCCUCCACCGCCAAAGCCGAAAACAAAGAUUCUCUCUCUAUUCCUUGUUGGUGUAAUCAUGUUUUCGAUCUUUUUUAUCUUCCUCGUCCUUAUCGGCAUCGCCUCUGUUCUUCUUCUCCCUCUCCUUCUCUCUUCUCUCCACCGUCACCACCGACGUCGCCGCCGUACCCGUCGUCAAGAUUCCUCAGAUGGGUUAUCUUCAAGAUUCGUGAAAAAGCUGCCCCAAUUCAGAUACUCCGAACCCACGUCCACAUACGCACGGUACGGAAGCGAUUGCGUGGUUUGUUUUGAUGGGUUCAGACAGGGGCAGUGGUGUCGGAAUCUUCCUGGUUGCGGACACGUGUUCCAUCGGAAGUGUGUGGACACUUGGUUGCUCAAAGCCUCGACUUGCCCGAUUUGCAGAGCUAGGGUUAGAUUGAGGGAGGAAGAUGCACAAGAAGGAGAACUUUGGAGAUGUUUCGGUCAUAGAAGAAGUAGUUUGCUAGAUUUGUAAGCGCUCUGUUUCUUGUUUCUUGUUUUGUUUUAGUUAUAAUUGGACUAUUAGAAGUUAUAUAAUCAGUUAGCAAUGUUUGUAAGUGCUCUGUUUCUUUAGUUUUUGGGCAAAUACAAUGAUGGUUUAGUUUCUCAUGUAGCUAUGUUUUGUAAGGAUUCAACAUUAAGUUAAGGUUUAAUAUAACCGUACACAGUCUAUGAUGUA